AUGUUGUCCAGAACCGCCCACCAACUGAUCCGACGCGCGGCCACACGAGCCUUUAGCAGUGAGGCGGCGGCUUCCACGCAGGUGACGCUCAAUUUUGCCUUGCCCGAUGAAACCGUCUACAAUGGCGCUUCCGUCUAUCAGGUAAUCAUCCCCGGUACCGAGGGUGAGUACGGUGUGACUGCCAACCACGUCCCCUACGUUGCUCAGUUAAAGCCGGGAGUCUUGCAGAUUCUCCAUGAGGAAGUGGGAGGAGGAGAACCCGAAAAGUACUUUGUGGCAGGAGGAUAUGCCUUGACCCACGCCAACUCGGUGACGGACGUCAUCUGCCCCGAAGCUGUCAAGCUGGAUGAUAUUGAUGCCACUGCUGUCUCCAGUCAAUUCGAAAAAGCCAAGAGUGCCUACGCCAGUGCCGCAUCAGGAAGCUUGGAACAAGCAGAAGCCCAGGUCGAAAUGGAAGUCAACAAAGCCAUGGGAUUGGCCAUUGGAGUCAACCUCAGUUAA